CGCGGGCUGUGGGCUGCGCCCGGCUGCCGGCCAACCCUGCACCGCUGCGGGCGCUGCGGCGCGCCCUUUGCUCAGGGCCGGUGUGCAGGCGGCAUGGGAUAAGACGCCACCAUGGUGCGCCGAGAUCGCCUCCGCAGGAUGAGGGAGUGGUGGGUCCAGGUGGGGCUGUUGGCUGUGCCCCUGCUUGCGGCCUAUCUGCACAUCCCGCCCCCCCAGCUUUCCCCUGCUCUUCACUCAUGGAAGUCAUCAGGCAAAUUUUUUACCUACAAGGGACUGCGUAUCUUCUACCAAGACUCUGUGGGUGUGGUUGGAAGUCCAGAGAUAGUUGUGCUUUUACACGGCUUUCCAACGUCCAGCUAUGACUGGUACAAGAUUUGGGAAGGUCUGACCCUCAGGUUUCAUCGAGUGAUUGCCCUUGAUUUCCUAGGCUUUGGCUUCAGUGACAAACCGAGACCACAUCACUAUUCCAUAUUCGAGCAGGCCAGCAUCGUGGAGGCUCUUUUGCGGCAUCUGGGGCUCCAGAACCGUAGGAUCAACCUGUUGUCUCACGACUAUGGCGAUAUCGUUGCUCAGGAGCUGCUCUAUAGGUUCAAGCAGAAUCGAUCUGGUCGGCUUACCAUCAAGAGUCUCUGUCUGUCGAAUGGAGGUAUAUUUCCUGAGACUCACCGUCCUCUCCUUCUCCAAAAGCUUCUCAAAGAUGGAGGCAUGCUGUCACCCAUCCUCACGCGACUGAUGAACUUCUUCGUAUUCUCUCGAGGUCUCACCCCGGUCUUUGGGCCAUACACCCGACCCUCUGAGAGUGAACUGUGGGACAUGUGGGCAGGGAUACGCAACAAUGACGGGAACUUGGUUAUUGACAGUCUCUUGCAGUACAUCAAUCAAAGGAAGAAGUUUAGAAGACGCUGGGUGGGAGCUCUUGCCUCUGUAUCUAUUCCCAUUCAUUUUAUCUAUGGGCCACUGGAUCCAGUGAAUCCCUAUCCAGAGUUUUUGGAGCUGUACAGGAAAACGCUGCCGCGGUCCACAGUGUCGAUUCUGGAUGACCACAUUAGCCACUAUCCACAGCUAGAGGAUCCCAUGGGCUUCUUGAAUGCAUAUAUGGGCUUCAUCAACUCCUUCUGAGCUGGAAAGAGUAGCUUCCCUGUAUUACCUCCCCUAUUCCCUUAUCUGUUGUGUAUUCCACUUAGCAAGAAACGCCCAAAAGAGGUCCUGGCCACCAAACACUAUUCUCUCACAAAAGUCCACCUGACUCACACUGGUGAACAGCAUAUAGUAAAAAGCCAGCAGAAGCUCUAAGGGUGACCUAGUAGUCCACCUCCCAUUCCUUUGACAUCUGAUCAAGUGUAUGGACUUGCCUUUGUCUUUGUGUUAUUAGGAAAUUCUGAUGGGCACUACUACUCACUGAUGCAGAAAGAUAGACAGACAUUCUUUUGCAUAAAAGUCUUUGAAACACUUCUAUGGACUUUUCUGAAAUAUUUAGAAAUGCUAAUUUCUGGCCCUGACUGGAAUUAUCUAAAGGUGCCACCUUCACCUCGCCUUGAAUGGCUUUAAUUCUCUUAAGUGACACAGCUUCGAAAAUGAGUCUCCCUUGUCAUAACUUUGGAUUUAGUUUCAUUAGCUGCUUCUAACUGUAGUCAUUUUGUUAGACUUUGGUUUCAAUAAUGCAGUAUUCUAAGUAUACUUUAAGACUAUGAUUAAUCUACACGUAUUAUGUAUGUAUUUUAUAAGGACACUAAACCAGCAGACACUUACUCUAGCAGAGUAGUUUAACCUUAUUAAACAUGUUUCAUUUCUGAGUAAACUGAACUAAAGCCAAGCUAUUUACAGAAUUUCCUAAAAUCACAGAACAUUAAGGACAGUAGUCUCUGUGCCAGAGAUUUACUGUUAUUUGCUGUUAGAACUGGUCUUUCCAGCUAAUAACAGUCGGACUCGUCAUACCUCAGUGCUUAGAAGCAUGUCCCUCCUGAGCCAGAGUGGAGAGGAGGGGAUCGUUGCACAGUCCAAGUUACCAGGCUGAAUAUAUACUGACUGCUUAACUUCUCGUUGGUUGUCCCAGAGAGGGUUCCUCAUGUAGCUCAGCAAUUCCUGUACUUUACAGAUGGGAAAGUUCCAGAAACUUUAAGAACAAAGUCUGAAAGUUCUGUGAGCAAAUGGUGCUGAAUACUUUUUUUUUUUAAGCCACAGUUUCAUUGUCUUAGUUAAAACAGGAUUAUUAAGUGGUGAUUUUAAAUUCUUUUUUUUAUUAGCAACUUCAAGUAUAACAACUGGAAUAAGUGUUUAUUUUCUAUUAAUAAAAAUGAAUUUUGACAAAAGUGGACUCUGGCUCCCGCUCCCCCACCACCCCUCUGGGAUAAAAGCUUUCCAACAUUGCCAGGAGCUUUCAGAUACACAGUGAAUUAAAGAAUUUAAUGAAGUUAAGCAGCUGGGGCAU